AUGGCGGGAGAACUAAAACCAAGCCUUACCUGUGGAAAUGUGUCGCAAGUUGAUGCUGAAGGUAGCAGCAUCCUACAUUUGGCCUGCCAUGGAGGACAUUUGGAGAUGGUGAAGUACAUCUUCUCGCAGAAUAUUACAGACAUCAACAGUAGAGGAAUGCACGGGAUGACACCAUUGCAUUUGGCGGCACGUGAGGGGUAUAGAGAAGUGUUUGACUUAGUCCUGGAUAAAGGAGGUGAUGCUUCACUUGUGGAUAUAAAUGGUGAUAACAUCCUACAUGUGGCCUGCCUUGGAGGACAUGUGGAGAUGGUGAAGUACAUCCUCUCACAGAACAUUUCUGACAUCAACAGUAGAGGAAUGUACGAGAGGACACCAUUGAUGGGAGCUGCAACAUUUGGCCACAGAGAAGUGUUUGAAUUAGUUGUGGAUAAAGGAGGCACUACUUCACUUGUGGAUAUAAAUGGUAAUAACAUCCUACAUUUGGCCUGUCUUGGAGGACAUGUGGAGAUGGUGAAGAACAUCCUCUCACAGAACAUUUCUGACAUCAACAGUAGAGGAAUGUACGGCAGCUUCGGGACAUAUGGACCUGUGUGA